CAUGCAUGAUGCGCGCAUUUCCUACCUGCUGGUCAAAGCAUCACAUUGACUUUCAAACCAAAACAACCCGCUUUGUGGCUCGCACUUCCUGAAUCUCUUCUGAAACGAUAACUUGUUGCAGAUCGUACGUUAAAAACUUGAGCUCGACAGAUUUGGGUAUGGAAGCAGAUACCGAAACGGCUAGAGGUAGCAUGAUGAUUGAGCAAGAUGUUACACAUAACAAACAGAUUGAUCCGGAAAAAGCUCGUUUUCCAUGCUGCAUUGUAUGGACACCUCUCCCGGUUAUUUCAUGGCUCCUUCCUUUCAUCGGUCAUGUUGGGAUAGGCAGAGAAGAUGGUGUCAUCCUCGAUUUUGCAGGGCCCAAUUUCGUCUGUGUAGAUAAUUUUGCAUUUGGGUCGGUGGCUCGUUACAUCCAAAUAAACAAAGAAAAGUGCUCAAUUACUUCCAAUCCAUCAACGACUUUCAGAACCGAAGAAGAGUAUGGGCUAGUAGAGUCGGGAAGAAACCGAUACACGUGGGAUGAUGCAUUACGAAAAGGCACACAAGAAUACCAGCACCGAGCCUACAACAUCCUUAGCUGUAACUGCCACUCGUUUGUAGCCAACAAUCUCAACAGGUUGGAGUUUCAGGCUGGCGGGUGGAACGUGGUUAACUUGGCAGUGUUAAUAUUGUUGAAGGGUAAUUGGGUAAAUAACGCAUCUAUGAUUCAGUCUUGUUUGCCGUUUGUGUUGUUGUUCUUCAUUGGAAUCACCUUCGGAGGGGCAAGCUUUCUAACAUUCUUGGUAUUCUUUGCAUUUCUUGUUGUUGGAUGGUUUUUUUGUGGUACUUAUUAUUUCAAAAACUUUAUACAUGUCUAGUAGCUCUUUUAUUCAUAGAAACAUGUAGUUUUACUAAAUUUGUGUUUGUUAGAUUUUGUUACAUGAAACAUCACCAAAGUUUAUAGAAGUUCUUAUCCUUAGAAUUGUGUUUGUACCAUUAGAAUGAAUCAAGAAUAUGGUUAUUUGUAACAAUAGCUUAACAAUUGACUUUGACCACACAAAAUUUAUUUAUAUAUCCCCAUGAACUGCACAGAAAACUCUCCAUGAUGUUCAGUUCACUAACUUAUGUAAACUAGCAUUUCUAACUAUGAUUAAAUGAAAAAAAAAAA